AUGAGUGCUCACCUUUCAUCUACCUUAGUUUUCCGAUUGAUGCUACCACUAAUCCUGCUGAUUUCCAUUUUGUUUCGCUACAAUGGCUUCUCAGUGGUGUACCUUGUGUUUGUCCUGCUGGUGCCGGUGUUUCCUGUGCCCACAAGUGUCAGCCUUCAUGGACCUACAGGUGGAUUCCUGAGUGGCAUCUGCUACUGCAGUCUCAGCUUUCUGGCUCUUCAGCUGGGCUUUCAGAUCACCUUCAUGUAUUUGGAGCCGCAGGAUGUCAUUCGUUCUCUGCUCCUCAGGUAUACCCUACCAUCACUCACAUCUAGUGUUUACUUUGCUGCUUUCCUGGCACUGGUGCUUUGGUGGUUCCUGCUGCAGAACAGUCAGCGUGUGGUCUUUAGUAGCUUGUGUGUCAUGAUGGCUAUCUUCAGUGCUGGCCAUCUGCUUGGACUCUACCUAUAUCAGAUUCAUCCAUUCCAGUUACUCAUUCCCCCAAUGACAUUUAUGCCAGAUUAUUUGGAAUCACUGCUUUCAUUCAGCAGAGAUAAAAAGCCAGUGACUUUUAUUGGAAACGGCCUAUGGCAGGAGGAACAUGGCCAGAGUGCAGAGUCUCUGUUGGACAGAGAUGAUAAUGUGGCCAAACCAGAAUUUCUAGCAUUCCCGGAGGAGAAGCAGGACAACCAGGAGCCUUUGGAUAUGAACACAGCUAGACAAGGCCCUCUAGCCAUUCUAUACCACUUCCUUAUGCAGCAAAGCUAUGUGAGCACCCUCAUCAUCAUGAUGGUUUGGAGCAUCACCUACAACAGCUGGCUGACCUUUGUACUGCUAAUCUGGUCUUGUGUGAUCUGGAUGCUGCGGGACCGCCGACACUAUGCCAUGCUCUCUGCUCCCUUUUUGGUUUUCUAUACAUCCUUGCUUGUGAUCAGUAGCUAUGUUAGUGGAAUUAUGUUGAGUCCAGAGGAGCUCUUUCCUGGGAUUCCUAUUGCACUGCUCCAGGACAUUGGGUUUGACACACUACAAAAAGCCUGUGUGCAUCUGGGGAUCAAGACUGCCUAUGCUUUCACUUUUUGGAUGUUACUACGACAAAAACUGACAGAAAAGCGAGAAACUGAGAUACAGGACCAGUCAGCACUGAUAGAGGUGAAAACAUCAGAUGUCAGAUUAAGCGAGAGUCAUUUCCGCCCAAUUGAAGUGAUUGGAGGACUCAUCAAGGGCACUCUUGUCAAAUAUUGGAUCUAUCUCUGCUGUGUCAUGUUCUUUCUCAUCAGCUUUACUGGAAAAGUCGUUGUUUACAAGAUACUAUAUAUCAUGCUCUUCCUGAUGUGUGCCACCCUGUAUCAGGUAAAUUAUAGUCUUUGGAGGCGAACGCUGAAGUAUUUCUGGAUGGUUGUGGUGACUUACUCUAUGGUAGUCGUUAUUACCAUCUAUUUGUACCAAUUCCGGACUGUCUCUGGGCUCCUUCGUCAGAUCAUUGGCAUGUCUGAAGAAGGGUUGCGAGACCUAGGUCUGGAGCAGUUUGAUACAGUGGAGCUCUUUACUCGUAUCUUGCUGCCUUCUGCAUUCCUCCUAGCCUGUAUUUUACAGCUGCACUAUUUCCAUGUGGAGUUCCUAAAGCUCACAGAUUUAGAUAUCAUCCAACCUCAAGGAAACAUUUCCAGUGGGGAAAAGAUGAAGCAAAAAGUGUCUGCGGUGUCCGACAGCAUUAAAAAAAGUAUCCUGAAGCUUCAAAACAGACUGGCUUCUGAGCUUCAUUCUGAACACUGUGAUGAGUCUGAACAUUCCAAGAUACCGCAUUACACAGAAGGGGGACCAAAGACAACAGACAUGGAAGAGGAGGUUUGCAGCAAGUGGGCACUAGUAGUGGACAGGGUCGCCAUGCUUGUACUGAAGGCCUCUGAGAUGCUGACCUCUGCUCAAGUUUUUGCCUGGAGAUUGCUGGAGCUUCACGUAACCAAGAUUGUUGCCACAUAUAUUAUCUGGAUGGCCAUUGAAGAGGUCUCCUUGAUGAACUUCCCAUUUGUAAUCCUGUGGACACUGGCACUACCCUUUGCCAGAAUGCGGCCAAUGGCAUCCAGCAUCUGCACUGUGUGGGCCUGCAUUAUGAUCAUCUGUAAGAUGCUAUACCAGCUCAAGUUUGUGAAACCUGAGGAGUUUUCUUCUAACUGUACAGUGUUCAUGCAAGUCAAUGACAGUGACACACAGUCACGCCAGACCUCCAUACCAUCAAGGUCCGUGCUAUAUAGGGCACCUGUGGAUCCAGCUGUUUGGUUUGGAGGCCUAAAAAAAUGUGGAGAUAGCAUCUUGCCCUGUCUGCAGAAUCACCUCCUGGCACUAGGGCUGCUAGCUCUUGAGGUGACUGUCCACCGCCACCAACUACACUACAGACUGCUCCACCAGCUAAAACCACCCACAACUGGGGAACUUUUCAAGGGCAUGAUGAGACUUCAUCUGGAUGAAGGGCUGGCUAAUUGUAUCAAAUACUUUUUCAACUACUUCUUCUACAAGUUUGGUCUAGAGCUGUGCUUUGUGGUUGCGGUCAAUCUCAUUGGACAACGCAUGGACUUUUAUGCCCUGCUUCACACCUUCAUGCUCACUGCUGUGUUGUGCCGUCGUACAAGAAAGUCCAUUGCUGAGGUCUGGCCCACAUACUGCUGCUCCACUUCCAGCCUUCUGGCUUUCCAGUACUUGCUAUCUAUUGGCAUCCCUCCUGCCUUCUGUACAGAUUACCCAUGGAGGACUCCUGGCUUGCCUUUCAGUUCCAACCUUAUCAAGUGGCUCUUCUUGCCAGACUUUGCUAUGCCUCCGAACAGCAGCUUUUUAAUCUAUGACUUCUUGCUGCUCCUCUGUGUUUCUCUGCAGUGGCAGGUGUUUGAAGAUGAAAACACUGCAGUGUUUCGUAUCUUAGCAGGAGAUAACACUGAAAUAAGCCGCAGCCUGGACACCAGAGACCUCAGCCAAUACAGCCCGGUCCACAACUUCCUUCACUGUAGGUCCUACCUGGACAUGGCAAAAGUCUCCAUCUUUGGAUACUUCUUCUGGCUGGUGCUCUGCCUCCUUUUUAUCACAGGAACAACAAGGAUCAACAUUUUCUGCAUGGGCUACUUGAUGUCUUGCUUCUACUUCAUGCUGUUUGGAGGCACUUUGCUGCUGAAGCCGGUUCAACAUGUGCUGAAGCGGUGGGACCUUCUUAUUGCCUACACUACUCUAGUCAUCACAAUGAAGAAUGCCCUUUCGUUGGGGGCCUGUGUCUACAUGGACAUCUUCCUGAAGAAAGGAUGCUGGAUCAUCCAGAUGCUAAGCAUGUUCUGUACUGUGCCAGGCUAUGAACUGCCACCUACCAAUGAAGAAUGUGAGCUUCCUGAAGGAGAAGCUGGCGUCAUCUGGGAUGCCAUCUGUUUCAUCUUUCUACUAGCACAGAGGCGGGUCUUCCUCAGUUACUACUUUCUAUAUGUAGUGGCUGACCUGAAGGCAUCAAAGAUCCUUGCAUCCAGGGGAGCUGAGCUAUUUGAAGCUAAAGUGAAGAAAGCAAUUGCUGCAAGAAUGGAGAAUGAGCAGAAAUCCAUGGAGGCCCUCAAAAGACAGAUGGAAAAGAUCAAACUGAAACAAAAAAGGCUCCAGGAUGGGAAAAUGAUCCCAGCAGCAGCCACUGCAAUGCAGAUGAAGAGAGAAAAGGACAGUGAAGAAACUGGGCACGAAAAUGCUCGGGAGGGAAGCAAUCAAGAAAGCAGGAGUGAGGAAAAGAAUUGGUGGCAGCCUUGGGUCACUCACACCAGCAUGAUUCGAGAUGGCUCUUAUAGCCUCUUCGAUUCAGACAGUGAGGAAGAAGCCGAGGAAGAGCCACAGAAAAAGGAAGAUGAAGUCAGUAAAAAGAAAUCAGCCUUUCAGCUUGCCUAUGAGGCCUGGAUGACCAGCUCCAAGGAAGCACUGAAAAUUAAAAAGAAGGAGGAGCGAAUACUGAAGAGGUAUCAGAAGGAAAAAGACAAGGAGGAGAUGCGGGAACGAGGAAUUUAUGUGGCAGAGUCUAGUGAAGAUGAACUUGAGGAGAUUCCAAGAGAUGCAACAUCACCAGGAAAGGAAGAAAGUACAAUCCAGCCAGCAAUGGAUUCCUUCAGGUUCUUUUGGGUCUUCAUCCUUUCACUCAUGGAUGACAUCACCUGCAUACUGAAUUCAUUCUGCAAAGACAACCUGGACAUCUCCAUGGUGCUGCGCUUUGAGAAAUCCAUUCUGGACCGUGAGCUGAGAAAAGGCAAAGAGGCUUCCCAUGAAACAAUCCAGCGGUUUCAUAAUGCCCGGCUCCUUCAACAAAGUUUGUCUCAGUCUGAUGACAAGAGUGACCAUGCGGUGCCAGGGACAUCUGAAGGGUACCAGAAGAUACCCAGUUCAGACUCUAAGCUGUCUUGGGAUAGCAGCAUCUCCAGCUGUGUGACAGACAUGACCAGUCUUAGCUCAAGGCAGACAACACAGGAUGACUUGGAUGAGAUGUCCUCUGCUGCUGCUCCUUCUCCACUGCGGUCCUCAGAGCACCUCCGCCGGAGGCUGUGCAAGACUUCUAAUAUUGAUUUGUCCUCAUCUGAAAAUGGCCAUUUGGAAUCAGGCCAAGAGGAGGAAGAGGCAUUGAGUGGAAUCACCCAGAACAAAGCUCCAAUCUUUUCAUCAUCUUCUGGGUCAUCACAUACUUCUCGGGCACCUUGUCUGACUUUGUCUCGGGAUCUGGAGGACAUUCCUGAGGAGGGAGAUGUGGAAGAGAGCAGACCAACCCCAGAAGAAGUUCAGAACUUUACAGCCAGUGAACUCCUGCUGAACAAGGCCUUUCUGGAUGAUGAGAUUGAGCAGUCAAACCGAUUCUUUCAAAGCCUCCCACGUCUUCUGAAACUGUUUCUUGCUCUGUACAACACUAUGGUCUCCAAGUCAGAGAUGCUCUGUUAUUUUGUUAUCAUCCUAAAUCACAUGGUUUCAGCCUCGAUCCUCACUCUACCACUGCCAAUACUAAUCUUCCUUUGGGCUAUGCUUUCAGUGCCACGGCCUAGUAAGCGCUUCUGGAUGACUGCCAUCAUUUACACUGAGGCUACAGUAGUUGCAAAAUAUUUCUUCCAAUUUGGUUUCUUUCCCUGGACAAGCUCUUACUACCGAGGGAUGAAUGCAGACAGGCCAUUUGCCUUUUCAAAUAUUGUAGGUGUGGAAAGAAAGGACAGCUAUGUGCUCUGUGAUCUCCUGCAGUUGCUGGCACUCUUCUUCCAUCGCUCUAUCCUGAAGUGUCAUGGUCUCUGGGACAAUAAAGAGCUUGAAAUACCUGAUUUCUUCAAAAGGUUUAAGAAGGAGAAAAGAAAAAAGCAAAGUGGCCCAAGAAAUUCACCAGGAUUCUCCUAUAAGUCCAAUGGUGAAGAAGCUGCUGAUGGUUCAGAAACAAAGCACAAAAAGAAGCGUCGCCGGGUGGGAAAACCUGCAAAGUCCUGGAGGGAGAAAGUGAAGGAAAAGUGUACUUUUGCACUCCAGGAAGCCAAAGCCAAGACAAUUGAUUUAUGUCUACAGCUGUACCUGCCUGUGCGACAGUUCUUUUAUGACAUCAUUCACCCGGAGUACAGCCCAGUGUGUGAUGUUUACGCCAUCAUGUUUCUGGUUGAAGUGGUGAACUUCAUUGUGAUCAUUUUUGGAUACUGGGCAUUUGGGAAGCACAGUGCUGCAGCUGAUAUCACAGAGUCACUGUCAGAGGACCAGGUGCCCGAGGCCUUUCUUAUCAUGCUGCUAAUUCAGUUUGGCACCAUGGUGGUAGAUCGUGCCCUCUACUUGCGUAAGACCAUUCUAGGCAAGUGUGUGUUCCAAGUGCUUCAGGUGUUUGGCAUUCACUUCUGGAUGUUCUUCAUUCUGCCCGGGGUCACUGAAAGGCGCUUCAAUGCCAACCACGUUGCCCAGCUUUGGUACUUUGUGAAGUGUGUCUAUUUCGGCCUGUCUGCCUAUCAGAUCAAGUGCGGCUACCCAAACCGAGUCCUGGGCAAUUUCCUGACUAAGAGCUACAACUACCUGAAUCUGUUUCUCUUCCAAGGGUUUCGUCUUAUCCCAUUUCUCACAGAGCUGAGGGCAGUCAUGGACUGGGUUUGGACAGACACUACCCUCAGUCUGUCCAGUUGGAUCUGUGUUGAGGAUAUCUAUGCCAACAUUUUCAUCCUUAAGUGCUGGAGAGAGUCAGAGAAGAGGUAUCCCCAGCCAUCAGGCCAGAAGAAGAAAAUGGUGGUGAAGUAUGGGAUGGGUGGUCUGGUCACAUUCACUCUGAUCUGCAUUGUCUGGUUUCCACUUCUCUUCAUGUCACUGGUCAAGUCUGUAGCUGGAGUAACCAAUCAGCCACUGGAUGUCUCUGUUCAGCUUAGCAUCAGUGGCUAUGAGCCAUUGUUCACGAUGAGUGCCCAGCAGCACAACUUGGUUCCACUUUCCCACUCUGCAUACUUCCGAAUGACCAACCUAUAUGCACUUCACCCAGCAGCCAUGCAGUUCAUAGUGAAGUACAUGCCAGAGGACAUCAUCAUCGCUAAAAUCAAAAGUGAUGCAAGUUUGCUGUGGAGUAUCAGUCCCGCGAGCCGCAAGGUGAUGAUUGAGGAGCUCACUGCUUCUCCACACCUCUAUAUCACAUUGUCCUGGACACUUCUCAGGAAUGCUUCACUCGUUCCCAAUGCUGAAUCCUCUGGGAAGUACACAGUGAAGUAUGAAGAUGAGAAGCUGAGGAGUGAAAUGAUUGAAAUGCUGAAUGGGACUAGGAAGAAGCCAGUGGUGCUUAAGUCCCUUCUCCCCAAGUACUUGAGGGCCUCCUCGAGCCCUGAAGCAAAACUUGCCCAGCGGCUCAUUGUGGAGCACUCAAAUAGGCCUGAGGACAUUGAAAACCUCGCCUUCUUCAGGCACAUAGCCAUAAAGCUACAGCAAGCCAAUGAAAGCAGAUCUUCUGAAGCACUCCCAGAAUGGUGGGCAGUCCAUGAGUGCAGCCAGUCCAGUAAGGAUGUUGAAAUGGGUUACAGAAACAUUGAGUUGGUCAUCUUCAAUGACAAGGUCAGCCCUUCCAGUCUGGGCUUUCUGGCUGGAUAUGGGAUCGUCGGACUGUACAUGUCUGUGGUGCUGGUCAUAGGCAAGUUUGUGCGGGAGUUCUUUAAUGGCAUUUCCCGGUCCAUCAUGUUUGAGGAGCUGCCCUGUGUUGAUCGUGUUCUUAAACUGUGUACAGACAUCUUUGUUGUGCGAGAGACGGGUGAACUGGAGUUGGAGGAGCAGCUUUUUGCCAAGCUCAUUUUCCUGUACCGUUCUCCAGAGACGAUGAUCAAAAUGACCCGUGAGAAAGCAGACUGAGUGAUUGUUAUACCUGGGGAGCUACUUUGCUCUUUCCUCAGUGCUCUUGUAUUCUGCGCAGAGCUUCCUUCUCAAAAGACGUCUUGUUCGCUCACAACCUCACUAGCACUUCUUGCACUUGGACAUUCAGAAGCCAAAGAGGAAUGGCCUCCUGUUUGUUGGGUGGUUAAGUCAGUUGGUCAGUCUUCUCUAAUUCAUUUAAAUUGUUCAGAAGAACUGGGAAAUCCAUCAAUCAUAAGGCAGUCUACCUAACUUCCUGAUGUCUUUGAGUUGAGAUGCUUCUGAGCAUGCAGAGAUAUUUUGUCCUUUAUGUACCUUUAAUAGUAGAGACUCCAUGUAACUGAGCAGACAGCCUGUUAUCACCCAGCAGAGACUGGAUCUGUAUGGCCAAGGUCAGAACACAAAAGGUCCCAUCUGUUUUGAUUCCACAUUUUGUUGUGAGUCUCUCUGCCAACCUUUAUAUGCAUGAAUGGAAAAGUGGUUUGUCAUAAUUAAACUGCCUCUGCGAGUCUGCGUCUCAUGUCUUACUUACGACACAGCCUGAGUCUUGCUGGGAGGACAGGUGUAAGGAAAAUGGAAAACUGAGAAAAAGAGCACAUGAGGAAGAGCUGGGGAAGGAAAGGGGAUGCGAGGCAGAAAGGAAGAGCAAGAGCGGGUGAGGAAAUGUGAAGAAGACGCAGUGCGAGGUGAAAACAACUUUUGAGACGUUCAGAGGAUGGGGAAAUGUAAGGGAGAGUUGUUGUUAGGUAAGAAGGAGAGAGCCAAUGAGAAGAAGAUCAGGAAGCAGACACGUGGCGGGAUCUUCCAUCAGAGUG